UGUGGGUCCAUAAAUUCGUUGGACCUUGACGUUAGACAUGCAUUCCAACAUGUCGACGAAGGUUCCACGGAAGGUAAUUGUUUGGUGUGCAGCCACAGACGACUAUACGGCAGGUCCUACCAAGACCCUGCUACUUCCGCGCUUUCACCAUCUCGCUGCAGAAAAGGGCUCCAAGGUUCUGAUAAAAUGGAAGGGCAAACAACUGGAAGCGAACAUUGUGUUCUCACAUGAUGACGACCACGAAAUUGAGCGCAUUUUUAAUGCGAAUGAGGAAGAACUUCAGGACGGAGAGGUGUGGAUUCCUCCAACCCGCCACGCUCGCCUUCCGCUCACCACCGUAAACAAUCAGUCGCCAUCGAAUCAGCCAACAGCAAAAGCAAAGAAAAGAAAAAUGGUACUUCAAGACAAGGAAAAUAGCGCAAACAACAGUGCAAAUAAGAAGACAAAGAGCGGAACACAGAAAGGGAAGAAAAAGGCGGGAAAUGACACCAACAAAGGGAAGGAAAACAAGAAGAAGAAAAAUCGCAAUGAACCUGUAGUGGUGGCAAUCGGCAAGGGAGCACCCUACGUGCCGGACGAGAUGACAGUCGCCGGAACUAGGGACACUCAGAACAAACGACAGCCAGGCGCGACACCCGAAGUUGACGGCUCGACUGCACAGCCAGGCGCGACACCCGAAGUUGACGGCUCGACUGCACAGCCAGGCGCGACACCCGAAGUUGACGGCCCGACUGCACAGCCAAACGUGACACCCGAAGUUGACGAUCAGACUACACAGCAAGGCGUGACACCCGAAGUUGACGGCCCGACUGCACAGCCAAACGUGACACCCGAAGUUGACGGCUCGACUGCACAGCCAGGCGCGACACCCGAAGUUCAUGGCCCGACUGCACAGCCAAACGUGACGCCCGAAGUUGACGAUCAGACUACACAGCAAGGCGUGACACCCGAAGUUGACGGCCCGACUGCACAGCCAAACGUGACACCCGAAGUUGACGAUCAGACUACACAGCAAGGCGUGACACCCGAAGUUCAUGGCCCGACUGCACAGCCAAACGUGACACCCGAAGUUGACGAUCAGACUACACAGCAAGGCGUGACACCCGAAGUUGACGGCCCGACUGCACAGCCAAACGUGACACCCGAAGUUGACGAUCAGACUGCACAGCUAGACAUAACACCCGAAGUUCAUGGCCUGAUUCGACUGCCAUUCGCGACACCAGAAGUUCAGAGCCAGUUUGGACAGCUAGAUGUGACAUCAGAAGUUCAGAGCCAGUUUGGACAGCUAGAUGUGACACCUGAAGUUCAGAGCCAGAUUGGACUGUCAGACAUGACACACGAAGCACUACAGAGAUUUCUGGAUGGAUUUUUGCCUGUUUUGGAAAAUGUCGACACCAGCGCCAGCGCUAUAGAGAGAGUGACAUCCGGUUCAAUGAAUACAUCAGUUUUAUCUGACAUCAUGUCGGAUACUGCUGAUGAGAUCACACUGGAACCAAGUCAUUCCACCAGGCUGAGCAACUGCGAACAACACGUGCGGAACAUGCGGAUGGAGAUUAGAGACAUGAGAAGGGAUAUCCGAGACAUCAAGGGACUCCUACAGGAAAUGGUAGUACAUCGGUCACCAUCUAGCAAUCCGCAGCAAGGCAACAACAACCCACCGCAGCAAGGCAACAACAACCCACCGCAGCAAGCCAACAAUAACCCACCGCAGCAAGCCAACAACAACCCACCGCAGCAAGCCAACAACAACCCACCGCAGCAAGCCAACAACAACCCACAGCAGCAAGCCAACAACAACCCACCGCAGCAAGCCAACAAUAACCCACCGCAGCAAGGCAACAACAACCCACCGCAGCAAGCCAACAACAACCCACAGCAGCAAGCCAACAACAACCCACAGCAGCAAGCCAACAACAACCCACCGCAUCACCGGCCUCGACCACAAACAUCAACACCAAAGCGAAGAGUGCACACUACCAAAGAACCCAAGUACCACCUAACAGAAGAAGAGCUGGAGAGGGCACACAAGGACGGUGGGCAGACCAGAGAAGCUCCCUUUGCAUUGAACUGCGCUAGGAUGAUGUACACGGAAGAUGAAUUUUUAGCAUGUAAUAUGAAUGGGACGAAUGGGUUACUGAAGCUUGAUCCGCAGCGAAUGCAAACAAUCAAGCGGUACACAGAGCGGUACCAUAACCUUAACACAUCAAGGAAGUUGUUAGAAGCUUGGAGAAAAUGCGCAGAGAAGAUUAAUAUGUGGGGGAGAAACCUGCGGCAAGAACGCCGCCGCAGGUUGGUUUGAUUAUAUAAGUGACAUCCGCACACGUAUUAUAUUUUUGGCUUUUUCCAAAAAUAAAGUAAAAAGUUUCGACCAUACUGUAAAUCCUACAAAGCAGCUGUAAAAUGAUCAAAUACAUGCCGUAGAUUGCUGUUUGUCGAUACUUUUAAGUUUAAGAUACUGUGUGAUACGCAUAUAUUUUGUGAUACAUGGAGGAUUUUUUUGAUGUUACAAAGAAAGCGUACUUAUUUGGCGGACCUGUCUUUUUUUACUAUAUGCAUUGUAUGGGGUAUCAAAUUUUGAAGAUUUCAUUUUACGGUAUUUUUUGUUAACUUGCCAUAUUCUCGUAAUUAUUUACAAUGUGCUACAUCUUAUGUAAAAGCUUUAACGGCAACUGUGAAUGUGUUUUGUCGAUACUUUUAAGUUUAAGAUACUGUGUGAUACGCAUAUAUUUUGUGAUACAUGGAGGAUUUUUUUUGAUGCUACAAAUAAAGCAUGCUUAUUUGGCA